AUGGCUCAGGAUCCAAACCUUCACCAUUAUCCAAUAGCCUUUGUUGUGGUUGAUGGGGAGAAAAACGAAAGCUGGAAGUGGUUUUUCACGACGCUGAAAACUGUUAUACCGGAUUCGACGGAAUUGGUGUUUGUUUCAGACAGAAAUCCAAGUCUGAUAAAAGCUGUUGCUGAAGUGUAUCCGAUGUCUAAACAUGGGUAUUGUAUCUGGCAUAUAUCGCACAAUGUGAAAGGUCAUGUCAAUCAUGGCAGGGACGAGGUUGCACUACUAUUCCGAAAGGUUGCAUGUCUUUAUUCAGAGCCUGAGUUUAAAAAGCAGUAUGACGAUUUUAGGGAGAGGUAUCCAUCGUGUGCUAGGUAUCUUGAUAAAAGUGUCGAAGUCGAACGGUGGGCGAAGUGUCAUUUCCCCGGUGCUAGGUACAACAUAGACACCUCUAAUUGUGCGGAGUCUUUGAAUGCGGUAUUUGAAAAGGCGCGAAGGAUGUCUUUAUUGCCUAUGAUUGAUACAGUUAUUGAGAAAAUGUCUGAGUGGUUCAACAGACAUAGGAAUGAUGCAGCAGAAGGACCAUCAUCUCGAAAAUUGGUUCCUUUGGUGGAGAACAAAUUGCAUAACAGAACACCGAAAGGUUCUAAACUUACAGUGACUCCGCUGAACAUUUUUCAGCUUGAAUACAGUGUUAUUGGAGCAGACGGAAUGACUUAUUCCGUGGAUUUGCAACAUAAAACGUGCAGUUGCAGGAAGUUUGAUAUAGAUAAAUACCCAUGUAGACAUGCAAUAGGCGCUAUCAUUAAGUGUUUGAAGCAUGAUAGACCAUUACAGUUGAGUGACAUGUACGAUUUCAUUUCGAAAUAUUACUUCAUUACACUGUGGGCCAAAGCGUAUCGAAGGACUAUAUAUCCACUCCCUCAUAUAACUCAUUGGAUGGUUCCAAAAGAAGUCGCGGCGGCGAAGUGUCCUCUACCUCCAGACUACAAGAAAAGAAAGGAAAGACAUCAGGAAAAAAGGCAUCCUUCGGCGGGAGAAAGUUGGCCCCGUCCCCGUCCUAAUAAGUAUAUCCCGAAUAGGGGUCUGGCUAGCUAUUUCAACUGCUCGCAGGGAACUGAAGGAACUGAAGGAGCUGAAGGAACUGAAGGAGCUGAAGGAACUGAAGGAGCUGAAGGAACUGAAGGAGCUGAAUGA